UAUGCUUCUGGGAACGCAAAGAAAAUAUAUGAAUGACAAGUCUAAAGAUGAUCUAAGCAAUACAAUUUAUGGACAGCUUGUAAUUAUAACAUUACUUCCAGAAGUUUUACAAUUACUUUUAGAAACAUUCCGAUUCUUUAUGAAUAAAAUUAAGCUACCGGAUAUAGUAACUAUAGUGGCAGUCAUUCCAGAAGCAGCUUAUGCGUUUGGAGUAUCCAUAUUAGUUUUUAAAGUUUUACCAACUUGUGGAUCAUUUCUUGCCUUCUUUAUAAUUCAUGGAAUAACAAUAACACCGUCUAUUAUGAAACUACUGGAAUAUACUACUUUCUCUAAAAAGACUAUAAAAACACAUUGCAUAAAAUUUAUAGUAGACAUUUGCAAUUUUGCAUCACAAGUGAUCGGUUUAAUUGUUUUAACGAUUGCUGUAGUGAGUUCAUUCGCAGGGAUAAAAUCCAGCCAAGAAUCACAAUACGUAGCAGCUCUUGCGAUUAUAAUAGUUUCAUUAAAGUAUUGGGAAAACUUUGUUGAUUCUAAAAUCUUAAACAUAGAUUUUAAACAAUUCAAGACAAAUAUUCAAGAUCACAAACCAAUCCUAAAUUUUAUUUCACUUCCAAUAAAAAUUGGAAUUAUAGUUGGAAUGGCAUACACGUUCAACAAGGAUAUUGAUUGGAAAGGAUCACUUUCGGAUAGAGAGAGUCAGAAAGAUUCUUCAGCAUCUUUCACCUCUGAAAGAGUUCUAUUAAUAACCAAUUGCAUCUCAUCAUUCUGCUUGUUUCAUAUUUGUCAUAUCGCUUGCCAAUUAAGAAUGCAAAUUUUUAGUUUGGCUACGCCUUUGAUUGUUUUCUCUGGUCCUGUAUUAGCUGGAUUGAUCGCUCUGCAAUGCGAAGGUUUUAUUGAUCCAAUUAAAACAAAGACAGUUGGCUUGGAAUUUAGUUUUUAUGCUGAUUACAAGAAUGGUAAUAAGAGCAGUAUUCUAUUUUUUGGCAUAUUCUGGCUCAUAGGGAUUGUAAUAACAACUCGACAUAUUUGGACGGAACCACGUGACAAAGAAUCAAAAAUUGAAACACUCUUUACUAAUACAAACUUCACUACCUUCGCUCCUGUUUGCAAUAUUUUAUUUAGCAGAAAGCAAUACGCUGAUGAUUAUCAAGUACACGAAGAUUAUCAGUUUGGUGCUUAUCAACAUCUCCCAGAAGUGAAUGUGAACGAAAACAUUCAAAAUUCACCAGAAGUGAUUGCUUGCGCAACUAUGUGGCACGAAACUAAGGACGAGAUGAAACAAUUGAUAAAAUCUAUUGUGAUCUUGAGCAGAGACUGUUAUAGGAAAAGAACGGUAUCACAAAAAGCAAAUUAUCUUAAAAGUGAAUACUUCAACUUUAGCGCCCACAUCUUCUUUGAUGAUUGCAUGACGUUAAAAGAGGACAAGAAAAGAAAAGGGAAUUUCUUCGUUGUCAAUGAAUAUGUACGAAGAUUACAAGAAGUUAUUAGCGAGACGCUUUCACUCUUCGAAACUAAUAAAACUGAUGAAGUUAUAAAUCAGAGUCCUAGAAAAUAUCGUACGCCCUACGGAGGAAGAUUGGUUUGGGUGUUACCAGGCAAUAUUGAACUAGUAGUACAUUUGAAAGAUAAGCAUAAAAUAAGGCAUAAAAAGAGAUGGUCUCAAUGCAUGUACAUGUAUUACUUAAUAAUGUUCAAGUUACUUGAAAAUGGGAAGGCUCUACAAGAUAGUUCUGACGCGUGGAAAAAAAUUGUUUAUACAGGAUCGGAAUAUAUUAAAAGUUUGAAUCAAGCAUCGCUAAAGAAGCUGGCCAACACCUAUAUUCUAGCCUUGGAUGGUGAUGUAACUUUCAAGCCAAAAGCUAUAGAAUAUUUGGUCGAAUGUAUGAAACAAAAUAUACAAACAGGAGCAGUUUGCGGUCGAAUACACCCUACUGGUAGAGGACCAAUGGUAUGGUAUCAAGCGUUUGAAUAUGCUGUUGGCCAUUGGUUUCAGAAAGCAGCUGAACAUAUUUUCGGUAGUGUACUUUGUUCUCCUGGUUGUUUCUCUUUGUUUAGAGUAGCCGCCCUACUGGACAAUAACGUUAUGAAAACCUAUUUAAGUAUUGCAACUGAACCAGAACACUUUAUUCAGUACGAUAUGGGAGAAGAUCGGUGGCUAUGUACUCUACUCAUACAGCAAGGUCAUCGAGUUGACUAUAUUGCCGCAUCAGACGCCUUAACAGUUGCACCCGAGAGUUUUAGCGAAUUCUUCAAACAAAGAAAACGUUGGAUUCCGUCGACUUUAGCAAAUAUUGUAGAUUUAUUAUCGAGCCAUAGAAAUGUUAAAAAUCCUAAUAUCAGUAAAUUCUUCAUAUGGUAUCAGUUCUUUCUAUUAGUUUCAACCAUUCUUGGCCCAUCAACUAUUAUCAUCGCUAUAGCGUCAGCUUUAGAUACGAUGUUCCAAGAUUGGGAUUUAUGGAUUUGCUUCCUUCUUUCCUUGGCCCCUUGUAUAGUCUACAUAGUAAUUUGUUUGACUACAAAGUUGAAAACACAAAUUAAAGUGGCCCAAUUUCUAUCUACAGUCUAUUCAUGCGUAAUGUUAAUUGUGCUAGUCUCGAUUAUAAAAUCAUUCGUAGAUGAUAACAUUCUCAAUCCAUCGCUUCUGUUCAUAGUUAUUGUUGCUGCAGUAUUUGUGUUUGGUGGUCUUCUACAUCCUGAGGAAGCAUCCUGUCUCAUUUAUGGCAUCCUUUACUUCCUAUUUAUUCCAGCUGGCUAUCUCUUUCUAAAUAUUUUUUCCAUAUGCAAUCUUCACGAUAUUAAUUGGGGUACAAGAGAAACUCCAAAGGUAAAAACUAAAGCCGAAUUAGAGAGAGAGAGGAAACUAGCUGAAGAUAGAGAAAAGAACAAAAAAAGAUCGUGGUAUAGUGGUCUAUUAGAGAGAUUAAUUAGAGAUAUUUCAGCAAUAUUUGCUCCUAUAUUAAACAAUAGAAAGAAAUCGAUUGAAGAAAGCAAUCUUAUCUUCAUGUUGAAAAUCUUGGGAAAAGAUAUCAAGAAAUUACGACAAGUAAUAGUUAAUAUAUCCAAUAAACAGUUGGAGCAUGAAAAUGUUGAGGAUACCGAUGAUGAAAUGAUGGAGAAUAUUGACAAUAGUUUAAAGAAUUUGAAAGAUGAGAAAGAUGAGGAAGAAAAGAAUCAAGAAAAUAAAGUAGAAGAAAUUACAUGUGAACCAGAGGAUAUCGAAGAACUAAGAAUCCAAUUUGAAAAUUGGAAUACUGCAUCUUGGAUUAACGAUACUGAAUUGAAUAGCUUUCUAACCGAUGAACUUGACAAGGAUGAGAUUACUUUUUGGAAACAACUCAUUAAAAAACAUCUACAACCAUUCGAAAAGAACGAAAGAAAAGAAAAACAAAAGGGAGCAGCUCUGAUAGAAUUACGUAAUUCAAUGUGCUUUAUGUACUGGUUUAGCAAUGCACUUUGGAUAUUAUUGAACUAUUUAUUAAUGAGCGAUCAAUCGUUAUUUAUAAGUAUGUUUGGGUCUCGAGUACACGGCUUAGGUGUAGUAUUUAUGGUACUAUUUACAGUGCUUCUAUUCUUUCAAACUAUGGGAUUGAUCCUUCAUCAAUGGGAAACUUUCGUAAAAGUAAUUUCGAACAUACAACUAAGUCGUAAAAAAUUAUCUCAAGGUGAAAUGAGGCUAAAUCAACUAUACCAUGAGUUUUAUGGAAAAAGUCAAAAUCAAACUAACAAUAUGAAAUAUCCACCCCAAUAUGACAAAUAUCGAAAUAUUAAUGAACAAAAUAAUAAGAGAUUCCAAGGAAACAGACCGCAAAACAUUUACCGCGAAGCGCCAGUUUAA